UAUUCUGACAAUAGUGGGAUACCGCUAUUGGCCAUAUCGUUUGAGCACAAACGAUGUAAGCAAGUUCAAUAGAAACACUCCGGCCGUUCUUAUGUUUCAGCAGCAUGCACACCGCACUCACUCCACUGCAAUCCUUCGAGGUGGCGGCAGUAGUAGUAGUAGGCUUAACAAAGACAAAUCGUAAUCAAGUGUGCGUUGGAGUUUGUGUGUGUGGUCGUGCUUGUGUGCAAAUAGAUAGUUGAGCAGCGGGCGCAGCAAUGUCUACUACAAUGUAUCAGUAUUAUCCGAGAAACAAGCAAAACAGAGUAACGAAAUACCUUCGAGAGUGACACAAGAGUGACGGCGUGCGUGGUUUCCGUACUACUACUCCCAUUGCUACCCCAGAUGAUGAUGGGCCACCGUUUCUGGUGGCGAAUGCAGCACCACUAUUUGCUAAUCGAAUACUAUAAAUGCGUGGACGUGUGAGUUUGGGUGUGCCUGUGUUUGUAUGAGUGGCAUCUAGCAGGUAGAAUAGCGAAGAAAUGGUAGAAAGAGAAGCUCUUAGCAGACCGUAUGCGUAGUAGGCGGUGUGAGUGUGUAGUAGCCAAAGCUUGCUAUGUGCUGGCUGUGUCGAAUAGUCGAUGCGAACCGAAUCUAAUGCUAAGUAAUUAUUGAUUUCUUCUGUGACAGUUAAUCGUGUUAGCAAACCCUAGCAUCCUUCUACUACAGAUUCAUUAGUAGUUGGGAUAGGAGCAGGUUGGCAAGCACAUUGCAAUUGCAUCAAGCCAGUUCAAUCGGAGUAGUACUAGCAGCCAAAGGAACAGUGUGUAGGUAGCAACUCAAGUCAAGUCAAGUCUAGAAAGUCAAACAAAUUCGGGAAUGUCUUACCCGCCCUCCAAACAUGCAAGCACGAUCACACACUUACACUCACACACAAGCACAGUUAGAUUCGAAAGCACACGUACAUACCGACCGAACAUGGAACACAAGUUUAACAAAAAUUUAACUUAUUGAAGCAAAAGUGUAGUACCGUAGAAACACCCGCCACUAUACUAUUAUACCUUACCCACACGUACACUCUACACCGUAAUACCCCAUCUACCUAUCCAUGCUACCCACCCACCAAUUGAUAUAUGAAUAUUAACGGAAAAAAGAAACAUACAAACAAACAUUUAAACUUAACGCACAAAUAUCGUUAUUCGUGCGCCUUAUUGAAAUGCUAGUACUAGAGCAAAAUCCGGAGUAAAUGAGCAAACACUGUUAAUCAAAAAACACGGCACUGGAAGCGGGAAUAGACAGCGGCAGAGCGUGGGACAACCGAAAACGAGAGGUCAAUCUCAUAAGCAUUAAUGAACUGACUCACCGACAGCAAAAAGAAGAAUGAAAAAAAAGGCAAAAGUCACUCCUAAAACCAUUCCUUCUGCUACACUUCACCAUCAGCACCAGCAACCUGGCCCUCCCGCUAUUGAUAGCAAUCGAAUUUGAACCGCUUCAACACAACUGAUAAAAAGAAAUAGGAAGAAUCUCGAAACACCCGUGAAUCGGGUGCAGCCCCUCCCUUCUUUCAGAACUAGGACUACUGCAAGCGAACAGGAUAAUUACAAUAACAACAAAACAAUUUAAAACAAAGGAUAUUGAGAUGAGCAGGAAAAAAUAUUGAAGCAACUGCGCUGCUAUAAAAAAAAAAAAACAGACGAGCAAGCAGCGACAAAAGAACGACGAGGUGUAAGAUGAGAGCAGGAAGCGAUGGAGGGGAGAGAAAUACGAUGGAAAAGGAUAAACGCUUUGCGCUACUAUUACAAAAUGAAACAAUAAAAAUCGCCAACGUUAAUAUGAACAUUCCAAAAAUCAACAAACCAAUCUCUCAUUCCAACCAUGCUCUUUUACCGUCUUCACUACCAACUAUGCGCACACGUAUGAGAAUGUUUGGAUCUUUCGUUUUGCUUUGAAUGCUUGCUUUUGGUCGUUCAUUUUGAUUCGUUUUUGAUUAUUUAUGUAUUUUUUCCCAAAAAAGUUCAUUUUCCCACAUUUUCUUUCUCAGCUUUUACUCCUUUGCUCUUAGCUAUCAAGUGGUACAUCUCGCAUAGUUCAAGUUGCUUGCACAAAAAAUACGAGGGUCAAUUUCAUUUAGUCACUUUUAGAAGAUGGAACCUUUUCAAGCGCUGCUGUUCCGUUUGUUAGCAUUAAUUAGGGCUUUUAAGGAAGGAAGAAUAGAAUCUAGAAGAAGCGAUAAAGCAUGAGGAGUGUUUGUGCCAAAACAGUCCCUUCUAAUGAAUUGGCUGCCAACAUUAUAAAUAUAGCUUUUUUAAAUAUUCAUUCGUAUAUUCGUUUGCAUGACAAAAAUAAGACGCCAAUGUGAAUUUGUUCUCGUAUAAGUAUUCUGUAAAAAGCCAGCUGUAAGUUUGUUCUAAGUAACGUAGUAUAAGUAAACAAGCCAGCAAACCAAGCAACCAAGAUUCACUUCACAGUACGGCACAGGGUUUACUACCACAACGAGGUGGAGGACGCUUUCAUCUAACAGUAGGCCAAUGUCGUUGUGGAACGUUGUAUCGUCCCAUUUUUGCUUAGAAUUCCAAAUCUACACCUAUACAGUUCGCACUCCACUGCUAAUAGUACGCGCACUUCGCUCCAUGCUUGCCAAACACCCAACGACGCUCUGUGCACGGUCAGCUAGUUCUAUGGGGAAUAUAUAGUAUUGUUUUGCAGUCUCUCUCCGUUUAUGGAAUCCCCUUUAAAUUAUUCUCUAACUAAACCCUUUCACUGACGCAAUUACCUUCGUUUAUUUAAAAAAUAUAAAU